CUGGAUUUUGUUCAACUAUUUAUGUAAGUUAUAUACACACACAUAUAUAUAAGCCUUAUUUCUAGUUUAUAUAACACCAUAUAAUAGUUACCAGCAUUAGAACAAGUCAUAGUAGAGUUAGAUAGUCCUUCUAUUAUGGUUACUCUUAGUAAUUCACUUUAUAUGCUAUUUAUGGGUAUUGCUCCCAUUUUCUACAGCAGCAUUACUGAUCAUUGGAAAAUUCGUAGACCAGUUUAUUUUGGUUCCAUUAUUAUAUAUACUGUUGGAUCAUUAGCUGCUUGUUUUGCUAAUGACAUUGGUGUUUUACUUGGAAUGAGAAUUUUGCAAGCAAUUGGUAUAUCAUCAGCUUGGGCUAUUGGUGCUGGUUCAGUAGCAGACAUGUAUGAAGUAUAUGAAAGGGGUAAUGCCUUAGGUAUCUAUUUUACCGGUCAAUUUGCAGGUCCUUUAUUUGGACCUAUCAUUGGUGGUUAUUUAGUUGAAAGAUGGGGUUGGCGAUCUGUAUUUUGGCUUUUGUUUGUCUUAGGCUGUAUUCUUUUGCUUCUUGUCUUUUUUGUUAUGGAAGAAACCUAUCGUGAAGAAAGUGUCUGGGGAAAAGAGUGUAAAACUGUCGAUAACUAUAUAGAUAAUGAAAAGACACAAAGAAUGUCAGUAGCAGCAGAUCAAGAAUUAGCUUCAUCAGAACAGAAUACGAUUGUGGAGUCUAAAAUGAUGAAUCCAUUAUCGUCACUUGCUUUACUUAGACACCCAUUUGUACUUGUGUUUUCAAUGGCAACAGGUUUCGCAUUUGGUGGUAUGUUUGCCAUUGAAAAUAUGCUUCCUCUUCUUUAUACAAAAACCUAUGGAUUAAGUAGUGGACUUGUUGGGUUGACUUUUAUUUCCCCAGGAUUAGGUGAAGUUUUUGGUUCCUUGCUUUCAGGUAAAUUAUCCGACUAUUUCUUGAAUAGAGCAAAAGCAAAAAGAAAUGGCAUUGUUAUUCCUGAAGAUCGACUUGCUCCUAAUGUUUGGCCAGCUGCCUUUAUCUUAAACCCACUUUCUUUCUUUUUAUGGGGUUGGCCUGUUCAGUUUGGCUGGAGUAUAUGGGUAUCGAUUAUUAUGUUUGGUCUUCAAUGUUUUGCUAUGGUACAAAUCUUCAACCCUGCUAUGUCUUAUCUUGUUGAUGCUGUUUCAGAUCGUGGUGCUAGUGUAACUGCAGCUGCUAAUCUCGUAAGAAUGAUAUGGUCUUGUGUACUCAGUUUAAUUGCAAAUCCAAUGACUAAUGCAGUAGGGCCUGGCUGGGUCACUUUCUUCUUUGGUAUGCUUAAUUUUACUUGGGCUUUUUUGCUUUUAUUAAUGAAGAUUAAGGGACCAAAGAUUCGUGCUUACUCUGGCUAUUAGAACUGAUAUUAUUAUUAUUAUUAUUAUUAUUAUUAUUAUUAUUAUUA